CUUUGAAGCAACCUGUAGAUUCAUCUCUCUCCCCCUCUGCAGACUUCUUCUCUCAUGACACCAGUCAGUCCACGAAGGGAUCAUCAUCAUAUCAGCACAUCCCAAGGAAAUUAAACUAGAGAACCAGCUCCAACUUUACCCAUCGUAUCCUCGCCUAAAUGUAUUUAGUUGUAUGUUUCUAUUGAUGCACGCACUUGGUGGUCGUCGUCUUUCUUCAAGGAGGCCGAUCAGAGUUGCCUUGUCCUAUUUUUUAUAGUUUAGAUAUAUUUAAUAAGGUUUUGGUUCUUUGAAUUGUGAAGUAACAGCAGUGAACAGCCGUUUCCUGCUUUAGCUUUAGUAGCUGAACUGCCCAAAUCUAAAAGCCCAAGCGCCUCUCUCUCUCUCUCUUUCUCUGUCUCUCUCUCGUUUGUUUUAGUGUGCUUGGUUGUGAGAAGCCUUUCCUUUUAAUUGUUCUCAUGGGGUUCAGUUAGGGUAGAAGGCAUUCUCUCAUAUAUAUGCGAUCAAGAAGAUAUCGAUCGAUGCAUGCGAGAGUGUUCAUGAAGUGUAUAUAUAUAAUUAAUCUCAAGAAUUAAAGAAAGCCAUGAACACAAGCCCCAUAAGCUCAGUGAACAGUUGCAGCCUCAUCGACGCCAAAAUCGAAGAGCAUCGCGUGUCUUCAAUAUCCAAAUUCUGCCCUGGCUGCGGCCACAAGAUCGAUCCCAAGCCGGACUGGUUCGGAUUGCCUGCCGGAGUAAAGUUCGACCCAACAGAUCAGGAGUUGAUAGAACACCUGGAUGCGAAGGUCAAAGCAGAAGAGCUGAGAUCUCACCCUCUGAUAGACGAAUUCAUCCCCACCAUUGAAGGCGAAGAUGGCAUCUGCUACACCCACCCUGAGAAGCUCCCAGGGGCGACAAGAGAUGGGCUGAGUAAGCACUUCUUCCACAGGCCCUCCAAGGCCUACACCACUGGGACUAGGAAGAGGAGGAAGAUAAUAAACCUGCAGAUCAGUGAGGACGAGAAGCUCCAAAGCCACAAGGGGGAAGGUGAGACCAGGUGGCAUAAGACAGGCAAGACCCGGCCCGUUAUGGUCAAUGGCAGGCAGAGAGGGUGCAAGAAGAUCCUGGUGCUCUACACCAACUUUGGGAAGAACAGGAAGCCUGAGAAGACUAACUGGGUGAUGCACCAGUACCAUCUGGGGGAGUCAGAGGAGGAGAAGGAAGGGGAGCUGGUGGUGUCCAAGAUCUUUUAUCAGACCCAGCCAAGGCAGUGCAACUUGUUAGUGUCUGUACAGAAGAGCAGCCAUGCAGAUGUUACGUUGCAGGAGCAGAGGAGGGAGAGUGGGAGUAGUGGGAGCAGCUCCUCCAAGGAGGUAGUCCACCAUCACCAGCACAUGAAGCCAGUCGAGACGACCUUUAGCUUUGCCCCUUUUAGGGAACGUUUCCCUGAGUCAGCAAAGGAUCAUCAGAUGGUGCAACCCUCAGCAGCUUUCCACAUGACGAGGCCUCCUUCUAUGAAUACCAUCUCCACCAUUAAUGCCCACCUUUCCUCAUUGCAAGCCAUUGGAGAAGAAGACCCUUAUCAAAUCUCACAUAUGCUUCUGCAUGCCCAAAAGGCUCAGCAGCAACAACAACCACAACGACAACAGAAGGUAGAUAGUAGAUCUUCAUCUUGCUUGGAAGAAGUGGUCAUGAGUUGCACCUCUGCCGGAAGUAAACAAGAGGCAUCAAUUCCAGAGUCUGAUCAAGAGACAGAAUGGCAGUACUCAUACUGGCCUACAGACCCAGAUCAUCAUCAUGGGCAAUGAGAAAAAUGGAGAAAGAAGCCAAAUACCAUGAAUUGUAAGAAGAAAAAAAUAAAAAUAAAAUUAAAUCAUGAUCAUUAUUCUACUGUGUUUAUAGUGCUUUGUCAAAUUGGGAAAGAGGAAGAUCUAGCCACCCGGCCCCUUCAG